GAUUCCUGCAGUGUGAUUCUAACUGCAGAUCUAGGAAACAGCAGCACAGAGGAACAUUGAAAGAGUUUUGACAAGGAAAUACAAACCAUUCCAAUGUGUAAAAUCUCAGCACAUUGUUUAUACUCCUGCUGAAUUAUUUCUACCUGGAUGGCAAUUUGAAUCUACUAAGCUUCUCUGAACUCACACAGGCAGAGGCAAACAAAGGACAUUUGCCGGCCACUAUAAUGGAGGACAGAUGCAAAGAUAACAGCAGAUCCUUAGGAAGGCAAGUACCUCUGAUCUUACUAUUGUCUUUGUUUUGCCAGACUGCCUCAGAGCAGAUCCGAUAUUCAAUCCCUGAGGAAAUGGAGAAGGGUUCUGUUGUAGGGAACCUUGUCAAAGAUUUAAGACUCAGUACUGGAGAAAUAGCAAAUCGCAAUCUGCAUGUCAUUUCUGAGGGAGAAAAACAAUAUUUUAUUAUUGGUGCAGAAAAUGGGAAUCUGUAUAUAAAUGACAGGAUCAAUAGAGAGGAAAUAUGUGGGAAAUCUGCAUCUUGCUUCAUCAGUUUUGAAGUACUGAUCGAAAACCCCAUGAAUAUUUUUCACAUAAUUGUAGAGAUCCAGGAUAUUAAUGACAAUGCACCAUAUUUUGUGGGUGAUGAUAUGAAACUCAAGAUAAGUGAAUUAACUUUGCCAGGAGCUACAUUUCUCCUUGAGCAAGCUGAAGAUCCAGACAUUGGGGUGAAUUCUCUCCAGGAUUACCAUCUUAGCACAAAUCAGUAUUUUAUGUUGGAAGUUAGGGAAAGAGAAGAUGGAAAGAAGUAUGCAAAAUUAGUACUGGACAAGCACUUGGAUCGUGAAAGUGAAAGCAAUUUUCAUUUAAUAUUUACAGCUGUAGAUGGAGGGAAGCCACCCAAAACAGGGACAGCCAAAAUAUGGGUUUCUAUCAUUGAUGCCAACGACAACUCACCUGUCUUCACUAAAGAAAUGUACAUAGUGAAUCUAGGAGAGAACUCACCAUGUGGAUCUUCUGUGGUCCAGGUGAAAGCCAUGGACAGAGAUGAAGGUUCAUAUGGCCAGAUCAACUAUAGCUUUAUAAAUAUUGUUGACAAUGCUCACCACAAAUUCUCUUUGGAUUCUCAAGAAGGGAUCAUUACAGUUAAAGAGGCUUUAGAUUUUGAAGAAACAAAAAAAUAUGUAAUGACAGUAGAAGCAAGAGAUGGAGGUGGAUUAGUCGCUCACUGUAGCGUUGAGAUACAGUUAUUAGAUGAGAAUGACAAUGCCCCAGAAGUGACUCUUGUCUCCUUGUCCAGUCCAAUACCUGAAGAUUCUCCACUAGAUACUUUGAUAGCUAUCAUCAACAUAAAGGACAAAGAUUCUGGAGAGAAUGGCCAGGUUGCCUGCCAUUUAAAAAGUGCUUUCCCAUUCAAAGUAGUUUCUACUUCCAGUAAUUUCUACAAGCUUCUCACAGAUGGUCCACUGGACAGAGAAAGCACCGCAGAGUACAGUAUCACAAUCAUAGCAACUGACAAAGGAACACCCUCUCUCUCAACCGAGAAGACCAUCUCUUUACAGAUCUCAGAUAUCAAUGAUAACUGUCCUGCCUUUGAGAAGCCCCUUUAUACUGCCUAUGUGCCAGAGAACAAUCCCUCAGGUUCCUCCAUUUUCAGGGUGCAAGCUUCAGACCCGGAUCUCGACCGCAAUGCUCAAAUCACUUACUCCAUUCUGCACAGCAGCAUUGAAGAGCUUCCUCUCUCCUCUUACCUCUCCAUUAAUUCUGAAUCAGGCCUCAUCUAUGCUCAGCGCUCCUUUGACUAUGAGCAACUGAGGGAGUUUCAGGUGGAGGUGAGGGCCCAAGAUGGAGGCUCUCCACCCCUCAGCAGCACUGCCAGAGUGAAAGUGUUUAUCCUGGACCAGAAUGACAAAAGCCCUCAGAUUCUUUACCCAUCUCCAGGAGUGGAAGGCUCAGGCUUGUUUGAGAUGGUGCCUCGCUCAGCAGAGGAAGGCUAUCUGGUGACCAAAGUGGUGGCGGUAGAUGCUGACUCUGGACACAACGCUUGGUUGUCUUACCAUCUCCUCCAGGCGACAGAGCCUGGGCUCUUCACCAUUGGGCCCCAUAAUGGUGAGAUCAGGACAUCACGGUUGUAUUCAGAAAGGGAUGCUGUGAAGCAGAGGCUGGUGAUCUUAGUCAAGGAUAAUGGUCAGCCACCCUUGUCUAGUACUGUGAGUCUGAACUUGGUGUUUGCUGAAAGUUUCCAAGAGGCAAUUCCAGAAAUCAGUAGCCAGUCCAAUGAUCCAGAGUACCAGUCUGAUAUCCAGUUUUAUUUGGUGCUGGCCUUGGCUAUGAUUUCAUUUUUAUUCCUCUUGACGGUGAUACUAGUCAUUAUGAUGAAGCUUCGGAGAUCGGGGAGUCCCAAAUUCUUGCAGUGCUUUGCUCCCAUUCCCCAUUCAAAUAAUGCAAUUAUAUUUCCUCCAAACUACGAAGAAGGAACAUUGCCAUAUUCUUAUCAGAUUUGCUUAUCAUCUGAGUCUAGGAUACAGGAAUUCUCGUUUCCAACACCUCCAGGAGACAUUUCUCAUAGUAAGUCUGAUGUGCUUUUGACCACCAAUGAAGGCAACAUCCUGAAUAUAGAAAUGGAUAAAGCUGAAGUGCAAGCACAACCUAACACAGACUGGCGUUUUUCUCAGGCACAGAGACCAGGAACUAGUGGAUCUCAGAAUGGAGAUGAAAAUGGAACUUGGCCAAACAACCAGUUUGAUACAGAAAUGCUUCAAGCUAUGAUCCUCGCAUCAGCAAAUGAAGCUGCUGCCGCCGCCGCCGCCAAUCCUGAUGGAAAUUCAACUCUAGGAGGAGGAGCUGUGGCAGGCACAAUGGGCCUCAGUGCCAGGUAUGGCCCCCAAUUCACCCUGCAGCAUGUCCCUGACUACAGACAGAAUGUGUACAUCCCUGGCAGCACAGCUACCCUCUCAAAUUCCUCGGGGAAACGUGAUGGGAAACCUGCCGCCGCCGGAGGUGGAAACAAGAAGAAGUCAGGAAAGAAAGAGAAGAAGUAGAGCCCACAGGACAACCCUACUGCCAUCUUAGAUCUUAAAGGCAGACUCUUUCAGCACUCCCCCAAUUCAUAACCUAGGAUGGAGGAUGAAUGUGAAUUUGUGGUUUGAUUCAAAAAAAGAAAAAAGUAUAGAGCAUGGCGAAUGUACACUCUUGUCAUCAGAGCUGUGAGUAGGUCUCCUACUGUUAAGUCCUCAUGAUGUAAAAGUAUCUGGAUACAACAAAGCAACCCCUGUGGAUAUAUAGCUUAUUCUCUCUUAAGGGCAAUCUAAUAUGCAAGGGUGUCAGAGCUCUGAAACAUUUUCUCAGACGUUGGCUUGCUUCGAAGUGAUCUGCACAACUUACAAGGGUUAGGAUAGGCUCUGUCCAUUGUAAAUAAUUCUUCUAAUUGGGAUGAGAGGGGUGGGGUGGGUGGGGUGUAUUUUUAUUUUUCAUUUUUAAGAACACUCUCCCUCUCCCAGAUUUUGAUUAAAGUUCUUGGGGAGAGAGAAAUCAAUCUCAACUGGAAUCCUUGUUAUGAAAUUGAUAGGGAGUGCUGUAGUUCCUUGCUUUGUUUCAGAAGAAACAAGUGUCCAUCCUGCAUCAUUAGAAGGGAAUGCAAUUCAGCUACAUUGUAAACUCUUUUUUUCCCUAAGUUUUACCAAUGGCAUCCAGAGAGGCAGGGCGCACAAAUACAUUGCAACAGGAACCCUUCCAAGGGCAGAGGGUGCCUCAUAUGUUGUCAUGUUGGAGAACAUUUGUCUUCUUGAUUGAUUUACAGUGGCCUCUAAAGAGACAACACAUCACAUCUACAUUUUGGUCAACAAAUAUUUAUGUGUACAGUAAAUGUUUUCUGGAAUAAGUUAAGUUGAAGUCACUUGCUUGUGAACAUAAUGAGCUGCUGCUCCACUAAGCACUGAAAUAUCUCUGCUAGUUCCACAGGCAGAUGUCUUCAAUAGGUGAAUGGGCUCUGUUGGCCAUGUAGGUAGAGAAUUUUUUAACAUGGAAUGCUUCACAUUUUUCUGCACACUGAGCUGCAUGCAAAACACUACAUCUUCAGUAGGACAACCAACUCCAUCAAAGCUAGAAUAGAGAAAUCAUUGCAUGCCAUAAACAGCAUGAUGUAAAUAUGCUGUCAAGUGCCCACAUCUUGGUGGAACAUGAACAUUGUCUGUCUGUGAGUAGAGUUCAGUAAUAAGAUGCAUUGCCCUGGGUCAGAUCAGUAGGAAAGUUUGCAUACUGAAAUAUGUUUGGUUCACUGGCCUUCGUAAAUUGAUAUUAAGCCUACAGCAGUUGAUUUGAGGAGACUAAGGAACCAGACACAGAUAAGAGAUGCUGAAAUUAAAACUGGAUAGAGAUUUCUGACUGGCAAGCCGAUGACUCUGUCCUGAGGUCAAAUUCUGAACAUGUUUGAAGUGACUCAGCAUUAGUGUACUGAAAAUCCUUGGAGCCCUUACUACCACCCCUACCUGGAUGUGAAUCCACUGGAAAAAUCCCUGUGUUAUGUUUUGAAAUUCUUUGUUUUAGGUUUUAUAAUGAUGUUUUUUCAUAGCUUAGUAUUGACAGGAAGUGAGGCUUUCCUACACUGUGUUAUUCUGUAGCUUGUAAUGCUGUUUUUGCUCAUUUAAGCCCAGCACAGACAAGACACACACUGUUGUGUGCUCUUGGCAGCCCUGGUUGCAUUUCUAGGGGCAAUGUGGCUUGUCUUCACUUUUACCUGCCUUUCUGUAUCACUGUAGCUGAACCACAAAGGCAGAGAUGCAGCAUAUUUCCAACAUGAAGAGCUAACCACCAGCCCAGGAAAAAAAUUAUUUUUGAAAUAACUUCUAAUAAGCAGAAUGCCUGAGAUGGUCCAGCCUUCUAUGAUCUCCUCAGGUUACUCUUUCUAAAAUGUUGCAGUCACUGGCUGCAUAGUAUUCAUCGCUACUGCAUUUUGCUGCCUCCCCAAUAUCUAGAAAGCAGGACCUGUCUUCAGGAAGAAACAUCUGACUAUAUAUGAUUUUGUACUGAUCCCAGUCACCGUCCCAUCCCCUGUGUUUGGUGACAGCACUAGAAACAGUUUACAUAGUUAUUGAAACAGCAUAUGGUCUUGUGGGAAAUUCUCCUGCAGAUGUCCCAUUGAAAUUAACUGGACCAGCGCAACAGCAUGAUCAUCCUGUGGUGUGACUCCUGUUUAUUUCAUUGGGCUUGUAUCUGUGAACUUCUCACUGGAUUGUGCCUAAGGCUUAUUAUGUACUAAGGUAGUUAUUAUGUGACCCUUCCCAAAGCACUGUAGAUGAAUCUUAGUCAUUCUCUAUUUCCUUUUAAUCAGCAAGCUGAAAGUAGUGUAGUGGUGCUGCAAACAUAGUGAUGUGUAGGUUUAUUUUUCUUUUUUUAAAUCUUAGUAAUUGAGUUGUGGACAUCAGUAUUUUUUUUAUUCCUUUGUAUCUUCUUUAUGUGUGCUCUUUGUGCUUUUAAAUGUAUGUGAAUUGAAACACUUACUUGUCCUUUCAAUGUGUCUAAUAUUGAACUAUACUUAUAUAUUAUAUAUAUGCUUAUAUCCUUCUUAUAUCCAUAUAGACUGACAUUGAUGUGUUACACGCAAGUUUUAUACUCUAAUAUUUAUAUUGCUCUUUUUUCUUUGGGAAAAAUAAUAAAAACUUUUCUUCUGAUA